GCAUAUCGUUAACUCCGAUUAUUGCUCGUUUAUAUCAUCGACACGUUGCAUUUAGCUCACAAUUCUCUAUACAGUGUAUAGACGAAUUUCAGCCAAGAAUAGCGGGUUUUUCGAGAUUUACAAUCUGAAGGUUGUAAUUAUGGGUCGGUGAUAUGUUUAAAAAGUAGUCUCCGCCUUUGUUUUUAUUUUCUUCUUUAAUGUCAUUAUCGAAAUCAGUACGAUCUUUUUCAAAGUGUUUUAAAAAACCACGACAUUACUCUACCGUGCAAGUUUUACGUGAUUGGGAAACAAAGACGAAAGCCAAUGGAAACGAGAUUACGUUCGAUGAGAUAACAGGAUCGCAGUUUAAUCUGUUGGCUAACACACUUGGAUCCUCUGAUUUUGUGAAUGAAAAAAUACCUCCAAAGGGUACGAUAGUACCACCUUGUUGGCACCAUGUAUAUUUUCCACCGCGCACACAGGAACCAGAUUUAGCAGCAGAUGGGUAUGAAACCUCGUAUUUUCCGCCCAAGCCAUUUUCUCAGCGUAUGUGGGUAGGAGCGCAAUUGACUUGGAGUGUCGAUAACCCAUUGCGCGUAGGGGACCAAAACGUCAUGAUGAAGACAAGUCUGGAUCAUGCAGAAGUUCGACACGGACGUAUGGGAGACUCUGCCAUGGUUUGGAUUAAUAAGGAUAUUGAGAAUCAGCACGGGUGGUCCAUGAGAGAGCAACGAUGCCUUGUAUAUCACCCUGAACAACCAUCAGUCAAUGUUGCCAGAGGUUUGAUAGUAAAGAAACAAUCUGAUUUCUCUCGAACGAUAACACCAAGUUCAAUCUUGUUGUUUAGGUAUUCAGCCUUAACGUUCAACUCACAUAAAAUUCAUUUUGAUCAUGAGUACGCAACAAAAGUGGAAAAUCACCCUGCAUGCCUGGUGCAUGGGCCUUUAAGUGGGACUUUACUGAUAGACUUGUUGAAAAAUAAUAUCAACAACAAGAUGAAAUCAUUUGAAUACAAAUGUUUAACUCCACUUUACGUGAAUAAGCCGUUAACUCUAUCUGGAAGAAAAUCGAACGAUCCAGACCGUUAUGAAUUAUGGAUCACCAAUCACAUGGGCCAUUUAGCCGUAAAAGGAUCUGCUACGAUUUGUAUAUAAU